AUGAUAAAAGGAGUACUGAUAAUAAACAACAGUGGGAAACCUAGGUUUCGCCGAUUUUAUGACGGUACCAGCCAUGAAAAGCAGCAGUUGAUUACAAAACGAGUUCAUGAAACUAUAAAGAAAAGGAUGUCCAGUGAAUGUUGUUGCUUUUUGGAAGAUGAAGAAUUACUCAGUUCCGACGUGAAAAUUGUAUACAGGCACUUUGCAACCCUAUACUUUAUUUUUAUCAUUGAUGCUAUGGAAAGCGAAUUGGGAAUUUUGGACUUAAUUCAAGUUUUUGUUCAAGUUUUGGAUGCAUAUUUCGAGAAUGUGUGCGAAUUAGACUUGAUAUAUAAUUAUGAACAGAUCAAUUAUAUACUGGAUGAAAUCAUCAUGGGAGGCAUUGUAUUGGAAACGAACAUAGACGUGAUAAUCGGAUCCAUCAACGGGGCGAAGAAGUUAAUUGAAAAUGAGUCUUCUUUCUUUGGUGAUUAA